AUGUUUGAGAAAACCAAUAAAAGUGAUAAAGUAUUGAAAAAGAAAUUAAUUUUGAAAAGAAAAAUUAUUCGCGAAAAAUUAAAUUUGUUGAAACAAGGACAAAUACUACAAGAAAAUCUAUUUCAACCCAUCACGAAACACUUGACGAAUAUUGAAACUCAAUUGGAUAAAAAUCAAAAUCUGGCACAACAACAACAAGAAAAGACAACAAUCGCAAUACCAACAACGAAAAAAUUGAAAAAGGAACAGGAUGAAGAAGAUAAUUACGAUUAUGAAGAAGAUGACGUAUUCAAAAAAGUAAAUUCAGAAUUGUAUGAGCCUACACCACGAUCCUUGGUUGCUGCUGCUGCUGCUGAUUACACCCCACGUGUUGGUAAAACAACAAAAAUCAAACGGAAAUUACCUUUCACACAAAUUAGUGAUAAAAAAACAAAAAAAUCAGAUCAACCACAACAUAGUUAUAAUUUAAGAAGGUUACUGCUCAGGGACAAUGUUGAAAAAUAUGCUACAGAUGAAGAGGAAGCUAGAAAACAAAAGGAUUUUAAUGAAAGUCGUCAAAAUGAAUUUUUAAACCUGUCACAAACUGAAUAUUUGGAUCAAUUUGAUCCAUUGCCGGCAAAAUAUAUACAAGAAUUUAUAAAUGACCCUGCUACUGAUCCAGCGUUAGAGGGAAAUGUUUUACCUAAAUAUCGUAUAAGACGUGAUGAAAUUGAUAAUUUCUACAUUGGUGAUUCCAAAGUUGAAAUCGUUGGAUCUGAUUUAAUAGUGAAAGGAAGAAGAUACAAAGGAACCCCCGGACUGUAUAAAUUACUGUUCAGAAAAAAUAUGCCUAAAAGUUAUACGAAGGAUGAUGAAGCUGCUUUCAAGGACAUUAUCUCAAGAACCAAUAUAAAUAGAAAAAGGUUCAAGACCACUGGAGAUGAAAAUGACAGCCAAUCUGAAAAAUUCAAACUACUUUUCGAACCUUUAACAACUACUGGAAAUGGCAUGGUUGCAUCAUCAGCAGAAAUGAAAUAUUCCAACAAUUUGAUUGAUUACAUCUACUGGGAUGAUCCAAAUGAACUUGUCGAACGCUUACAACUGUUACUUGCUUCCCAAACGGCAGGCAAUACAAACCAUAACAACGAGAUCAACGCAAUUGUGGAAGAGUCCAAAAAAAUUGUAAACAUAAUAAGCAAUUUUGGAAACAGCGUUAGUUAUCCAGACGCACAACGCUAUAUUAAUGAUAUGGCAAUUCAAGUUGAUGAAAAAAGAGCCCUAGAAUCUUUAUACCCUCUAAUUUGCAAGCAAAUGCAUUUACCCAGUUUGCGUUCGAUAAUCUCGACUUUAGCGGACAAUCGGUCGAAGGAGAUACGAUUCAUGAUUAAAGAAGUAAGAAAAAAAAAUGAAUUCGGCGAGACUUUGUUGACCAAAAGAGAUAAAGACCAAAGUAGAUCCUUGAGAGAUACUAAUAUCCAGCUAGGACUUUCGACGGAACAGAAUCAAAAGCUCACACUCAUAUGGAAUUUAAUAAACAUCGAGGAAGAUGGUUUUGAUUUCACACUAGUCAAUUGGAGUAAAUUUCACGAGAUUAUAGCUUCAAACACCAAUAAGCCUACAAAAACCGAGAUGGGAUAUGGUCCUUUUGUACCCUCAUCUCCCACUAAGGUAGGAGUGGUUGAAAAUUCAAUAGAAUAUUGUUUGAAAGUUGCUCAAAGACUUAAUCAAAAACACGUUAUUAUCACAGUGGACGAAGCUAUAUACGAAAUAGUUUACGGACUAAAAAAGACAAUUUCUGAAAAGUGCAAAAAUGUUAUACCAAGAAUGGGUGGUUUCCAUAUAUGUCUGAACUUUCUUGGUGCGCUUGGGCGAAUUAUGUCGAAUUCUGGUAUAGAAGACUUGCUAGUCGAAGCCAACAUAUUAUUGCCAGGAACUGCCAAUAAGGUUAUUGGUGGAGGAAAAGAUUAUUACAAAAUGAUACGAGCACAUAAUUUGGUACAUUCAGCUGUUUUCGAACUAUACUGGGAGCAAUUUUCAGAGUGGCUUUUAGAUACUAAUGUAGAAAAUUCUCAUUUGGAGUUAUUUAAUGAAAAAGAAAAAGCCAAAACCAAAAAAACAGUGGUGUCUGAGUUGUAUGAAAGUGAAGCCAAAAUGUUAAGACACCUACAUUUCACUCGAGAACUUGAUGAGGAAGCAAAAAUUAAAGUAUUUUCUCACGAAUGGACACCUUAUCCAUCUUCACUUUUUGAGAUUGAUUGGGAAAGCAACAUAAUCAUGAGAAAAGGAAAUAAAUCUGAGUUCUAUAGGGCUGUCCUAAGAGAAAUUAAAGAUGUAGCUAUUGAGUUUUCCUGUAUGCCAAUAGAAGAAAGCGGCACUUCCAAAAAAGCUUAUAUAAUACACAUGAUGGCACUUAUUCAGCGUUAUCAAAAUUUCAAUAGUAAAACAUUUUGA